AUGGUAGUAGCAGGAGAGGAGGAGGAGAAGGAUGAGGAGGAGGAGGUGGAGGGUGAGGAAGAGGAUAUGGAGGUAGUCAUCGGUGGGGACACCGAUUCUAACAGCUCAGACAGGGAGGGAGAUGAUGAUUCUAGUUCAGGAUCAUUGAGCAGUGGAAAGGACAAUGAUGACGAUGAGGGCGUAGAUGACAUUGGCAUACCUAAGUUGGAGGAUGUUCCUACUGCAGAGGGAGGUGGGGAUGGAGUGCAGGGUGGGGAUACAGAUGAUGAUGAUGAUAUGCAGGUAAUGAGAGCACAAAUUCAGAGUCUGGAGGAUGCAUUGAUCGCCGAGUGGAGGGAGGUUGCGAGUGUGUUCGAUAGAUCGUCAAGUGUGAGGAAUCUGGAGUCUGAGGAUGAGUACGAAGAGGUUGGAGAAGAGCUUGAGGUUGAGGAAGUUGAAGGACUAGAAGAUAAAAGAGAAGAAAUGUUUCAGAGAACAGUGGCACAAAGAGAUAGAGUUGAGAAUGGUGAGAUGAAGAUCACUCGAUGGAGGCAGAUGGUAGCGAGAUUUAAGGAUAAGUUCAUUAUGGGAGACUAUGAGCUGGAGUUGUUCAAGAUGUUGCAGAACCUGAAGCAGAGAAUCAUGAGUGUGAAGGAGUAUACCGAGGAAUUCUACAAGGUGAUGAUCAAUGGGAGUACUAAUAACUUGGUUGAGGAGAUGGUAGAGAAGCCUGGAUUGAAGAGGUUUAAGCACCCUUGUCCUUACAAGAAAUCAGAGUUGCAGCAGAAAGAAAGCAUUGGUCAAAGACAGUGUGCAGGUCUAAAUCAAGGAAAUAGAAAUGAAGAGAAUAAGGAGUUAGAGAAUCUGGUUGAGGUUCCAGAGGACAUAAGGAAGAGGCUUGCAGAUUAA